GACGUGUUCCAAAUCUCAAUUUUCUCAAAGAGUACAACGUUUUCUAUUAUCGGCGUUGUUUCUCUCAAAAUUCCUCAAUCAAUCACCGAGGGAGGUAACCUUCAACUCCUCCCUCAUUCCUCUCUUCCUCUUUUCCAUCAUCACAAUCCAUCAAAACCUCUUCAAUUUCUUGCACCCAUUUUCCAGAAUUCAUCAAAAUCAAAUCUUUAAAUUAAUAAUAAUAAUAAUAUUAAAAAAAGCAUCAUUGUGUCACCAUUUUCUAUAUUGAAUGAUAAAAAGUUAUGCUUUUUUCAAGAGGGUAUUCACUUUUGCAGGGAGAUAUAAUAUUUUUUUGAUUAUAUAUAUAUUGGGACAUUAUUGGUUUGUUUGAACGUAGAAUGAGAACGGGUAAGUGGGUUAAGAGUAUGGGAAGGAUAUCAAGGAUUGGAAGUUUUGCAAUUUCUUCUUCAAAGGAUAAUCCACCACAACCUUGUAUUACUUGCACUACUUUUAAUAUUCUUGCUCCUAUUUACAAACGAAUCAAUGAUGAGGACCCAACAUGUCGAGAGAGUGAUUAUAGAACAUAUUGGUUGGCGAGGAAUCAUAGGAUAUUGGAUUGGCUUUUGAAUGAAAGGUCUUCUAUUAUUUGUCUUCAGGAGUUUUGGGUUGGAAAUGAAGAGCUUGUUAAUUUGUAUGAGAAGAGACUUAGUGAUGCUGGUUAUGUUAGUUUCAAACUUGGAAGGACUAAUAACCGCGGAGAUGGUCUUCUAAUAGCAGUGCAAAAAGAAUAUUUCAAUAUUCUUAAUUAUAAGGAGUUGCAUUUCAAUGAUUGUGGUGACCGCGUUGCUCAACUAUUACAUGUUGAACUAGCUUUUCCAUUUUCAAAAUGGCGAAACGGUGAAAUUAGGCAGGAAAUUCUUAUUGUUAACACUCACCUGUUAUUUCCUCACGAUGCAACAUUAUCUCUUGUACGACUGAAACAGGUCUAUAUGAUACUUCAAUAUGUAGAAUCUUAUCAAAAUGAUUUCCAACUCAAGCCAAUGCCAAUCAUGUUAUGCGGUGACUGGAAUGGAAGCAAACGCGGACAUGUUUACAAGUUCCUUAGGUCUCAGGGUUUUGAAUCAUCUUACGAUACUGCACAUCAGUACACUGAUGCAGAUGCCGAUAAGUGGGUUAGUCACCGAAACCAUCGAGGAAAUAUAUGUGCUGUUGAUUUUAUUUGGCUCCUAAAUCCCGACAAAUAUCGAAAAUUACUAAAAUCAAGUUGGAUUGAAGCAGUGUUUGGCAUGUUCAAGUAUCUAGUGCGGAGAGCUUCAGUGACAGAGAGUGAUGCAUUCACAUUUCUAAGGGCUGAUAAUGAAGAUUGUAUUACCUAUUCUGGUUUCUGUGAAGCACUUCGACAGCUCAAUUUAAUUGGUCAUAACCAUGGGUUGAGUGAGGAAGAGAUAAAGGAAUUGUGGGUCCAAGCCGACAUAGAUGGAAAUGGCGUUCUCGACUAUAAAGAAUUCUUGCAGCAAAUAUGGAGUUCAGACGACGAAAACAAGGAUAAGGAGCAGGAUGGUUCAAAUGAUGUUCAAGAGCAAACUAUUGGUUUUAGUGUAAAAAAUGCAGUUUUGUUCCCUCCUGAGGUGGAGAAAGGUAGAUGGCCUGACGACUACUCUCUUUCCGAUCACGCACGACUUACUGUUGUAUUCUCGCCAAUAAGAAUGCCAUGCUCCCAGAUGAUUUGCUGACACAAUAUUGCUUUUUUGGUGCUAUAGCUUAGGAGUUACUAAUUAGAAUUAAAAUUCAUGUACAUAGACAUCACAUGAAAGGGCGAAACAAUGAGACGGGUUAGGAAAGAUAGAUACACACAAUACAAGAGGUCUUUUCUAGGGAGAUUUUAUACAUCCCUAUGUUGUGAUCACUGCAUUAUGUUGUUGACGGCAUUUGCAGCGAGCAACACUCAUAGCUCAAUUUGUUUCCCCCAAAUUUUCUUGUCUGGUCUAAAGAUUUAACAAAAGGAAACAAAGAAAGAAGAAUGAUUUGUAUAUAUAGUGUUCUAGAUUUCUUAGGCGUCAGACAUUUUUGUAGCAUGGUAAGAUGCAGCUCUAGCUAGAGCUUGUUUGAAUAGAUGAGUGUUCAGACACAUUGUAUCUUGUAACAUAUUUUGCUCUUGAUAGAGUAUGCAAAUUCAAAUUGUAUAAUGUUAAAUUAAAUUUCAUGUGG